CGAAACUCUCUUACAUCUCUCUCUCUCUCUCUCACAUAUUCCAGAAAGGGAAAAUUCAUCAUUUUGUCCGAAUUCCAAAAGCCAAUACGUGAUGUAUGGUUUUAAUGCAAGCAAGAUUUAUAGGUGGUGCCCAUGGAGGGCAAGAAUAACAGAGGAACAAGAACAAGACAUUUUGGUCUCAGCUCUCAACCACGUUAUCACUGACGGCAUUCAAGGCCUGACCCCACAACACCAUCAACUACUGCAACAACAACCGGUCCCGCCUGGUGCUGCUACGUCCUCAUUGCCAUCAUCCAGCAAGAGGAGCUCGAAGAAGAAGAUGAAGAAUGACAAUGAGAAGAGAUACAGGGGAGUGAGGCAGAGGCCUUGGGGGAAAUGGGCGUCUGAGAUUCGAGACCCGAGGGAAGCGAAGCGCAAGUGGCUAGGUACGUUCCUGACGGCGGAGGAGGCUGCCAGGGCUUAUGAUAAGGCUGCCAUCGAGUUCCGCGGAUCCAGAGCUAAGCUUAAUUUUCCAAUGUCAGACUAUGUGGGAAAGCAAAGCGAAGUCGAACAAGAUCAGCAUGAAGAAAAUCCAAAUGUUAAUGCGGAGACAAUGAUUGAGAGCGAGGCACAGACUGUGGAAGUGGUAGAGAGCAGUGACGAAGACAAUAAGCUUUCGGAUUGGCUUACGUCGGAGGAACUUGACCAGUUGUUGAAGGAUUUGAAUGAUUAGCCCAUGUUAUUAGAGCGGGAAAUCAGAUGGAGCAUCGGAUUAUGUAGACUUUAGGAAAAAGGAUGCUCUGAUCUUCGUAGUAAUUCAUGCCCAUUUCGUCCAUAAUAUAGAGUCGAAAUGACGGUUCUUUUAUUGAUUUAUUUAAAAAAAAAAAAUUCCCACUUAUUAUUAGAGCGGGAAAUCAUAUGAAAUUAAAUUAAUAAAUAAAUAAAUAAAACGAUGUAUACUUGGAGCUGAGUGAAACAGAGUCAAAACAACAAAGGGGCUCAAAUGUGGGCACCAAUGUUGGAGCCAAAUACUCUGAUUUCGUAGCUUUCAUUGCUAUU